GAUUAAAAAGUUUUAAAGUAUUUACGAAAAAGGGGUUAUUAAUUAUACAAAAAGGAAUACCACAUAUAAUAAAAGCUAAUAUAAUAGCUUCAUCAAUUAUUGAUUGUUUAGAUGUCUCAA